AAUAUUAUCAUGUGAUUUUGACAGGCGGAGGGGGGUCGUCAAUAUUGUCUUGUGAUUCCUUAGGUUGGUCGUCGACUCCAAUUGGAAAAACCCCUUUAAGUUCCUUAAAAUGUUGAAAUCUCUGUUGGUUUUAUGCGGAAUCGCUUCCGCGUGGGGCGCAGGGGAGUUUUCCGUGGUCCAUCAUCCGGGCAGCAUAAUUUUCCGGGGGCACGAGGCCAUAAAGGAAACCGCCCUGCCCGAGGUGUUCACCGCCGCCCUCGGGUUUUCCACCGAGCACUUCUCCAACUGGCGGGGCUUCUACAUUGAUAACCCCUUUAACAUUCCCGAGGCGGUUGUCACCAUCGCCGUAGAUGGGGUGAGGGACGCGGGUCAGACCAAGGGUCACCACUAUCCCCUGAUAACCAACGUGGACGAGGGUCAAGUGUUUAAGUCUUUGGCCAAAAGGAUCGUGGAGAGAUUCCCCGAUGAGGGACCCACGUUGGUGCGAGUAGAUCUGGCCAACGGCCUGGAGGAUGUUAAAAAGUAUUAUGUCUUUGAUGGUAUCGACAAUAAAGAGUCUCCUGAGGAGGUCAAGCAUAAACAGUUGAAACUGGACAUAGAGGAGGACAGGGCAUUUUUGAGGGACAUGGCCCUCUUGACCAAUGUUGCAAAAAGAAUCGGGGAGGGGGUAGCCAAAGAGGACUCCGUCCCGGACGUUUUCUGGUUCAGGGUGGCCUCUUUGCACCCCCUGUCCGACCUCCACGGGGCCAACUCCUCAGAAACAAAAGAGGCGAGACAGUUGCUCGAGAACGUCAUCUCGCUCCUCACCGAUGCUUUCGUGAAACGUUAUGACAAUCGCGUGUUUGUGAGCGUGAUGACUAGCGAUGCCAGUCACACGAGGCAAAGGAGGAACUUGAUGGCCACCGAAGAGUCGGAGGAGAAAGAGUCGAAUAAAUCGAAGUACAAUUUGGCCUCCACAUACACCAAAGAGUAUCCGGCCAUUUUUAAUAUCAUCUUGUGGUUUUCUGUGGUUAUGUUUUUUGCUUUAUUGGCCAUCUGCUACGCUACUGCUAACAUGGAUCCUGGCAGGGAUUCCAUCAUUUACCGCAUGACCAGCACCAGAAUGAAGAAGGACAAUUAAUUAGAUUUUGCAGGAAAACUGUAUAUAAGUGUUAGUAUUAUUCGGUUAGUUUUAGUGUUUAAAUAAAGUGAUUUUGGUGUUUA